AUGCUCAGCAGGCUACCGCUUGCCAAGGAAGUCGAGCGCGAAGCACUUUGGCAGCUGGUGGAUCAGUGGAAUGAAAAUCGGCUUGAUUUAUUCAAUCUAAGCUAUCCAACAGAGGAUCUUGAAAUUCAUGGUGUGAUGCGAUUCUAUUUUCAAGAAUCAAAAGAUAAGGUAUUGACGAAAUGUAUCCGUGUUUCCAGUACAGCAACAACUCGAGCAGUUAUCAGUGCAUUGGUUGAUAAAUUUCAUCCUGAUUUGAAAAUGCUCAGCAAUCCAGAAUAUACCUUAUGGGAGGUUCAUGAAAAUGGCGAUGAGCGAUGCUUAGCACCUAAUGAGAAACCAUUACUUGUACAGCUUAAUUGGCAUAAAGAUGAUCGCGAAGGUCGGUUUCUGUUGAGGGCACACCAUAAUAUUACUUCUGUCAAGGACACUACAUAUGGCCUGAGUGGCAAUCAAAAAAGAUUUUCGAAAAAGGAAGAAAAAGAACUGAAAAAGAAGCAUCAAAAAGCGGUUGAGCAACAGGAACCAAAGUUACGAGCUUCUGAAGAAUUAUAUAAAGCUUUGCCGCCAACAACAUUUACACGAACAAUUUCCAAUCCAGAAAUUGUGAUGAAGAAACGACGCGAAAAAAAGAUUGCGGCAAAAUUAAAAGAUUUGGGUCAAGGUGGUAGUUUAAAGAUUUAUGGUUAUGAAUUAGAACCAAGUCGACCGUACGUUACACUUCUUGUAUCAGUACGUGAUACUACAAGAAGAAUAUUGGAGGAAGUAUUAGAAAAAUAUGGUGUCAACAGAAAUGUGGAGGAAUUUGUUUUAGUUGAGAUGGCGAUACCUGUUUCUACGAAGCUUUCUCGUUCAUUAAGUGAUUUGCGAUUCUUGAAUAUCAGUAGGCGUGAACGAAUUAUGGAUUAUAAUGAGUAUCCGUUGGUUAGCCUAGCAAAUCAUAUACCAGAUCCAUCAGAGGAAAUAUUUUUUGUUGUGAAACAGCAAUCAUCAGAAGUACAAAAACGACAUGCGCGUCAUUCAUCAAUAUCAUCAACUGCAGCACUUGGAGUCAGUUACGCAGAUCCGCAAAAGCUAUGUAUAGGAACCUCUCAAAUUCUGCGCAUACAAAAUAUUUUUGCUGUCAAACCAUGUCUUUUACAACUAACUUCAGAUAGUAAAGAAAUCCCAGAAAUGAAACCAAUACAUAUACCGUUUGGUGUCUUGGGUAUAGGCUCAGAUCGCUCGAUGGGCUUAUUUCUAGAUGGGCAGAGUAUCAAACCCCGACAUGCCGUUAUUAAUUAUCAGAAUGGUAUUGUAACGGUCACACCAUCUGAUCAAAGCGCAUAUAUUGAGAUUGAUGGUCAGCGUAUUUCUCAAACUGUAGCUCUUCGUGAUGGGAAUAUAAUUGGUAUUGGUCGCAGCCAUAUGUUUCGUUAUCAAAGUUCUUGGGAUGCUGGAGAAGCGCAUAUGGUUAAUGGAAACAAUAAUAAGUUAGAAAUGGUUCCUGGAUUGAGGAGGUUAGCAUCAUCAUCAACAAUAAGCGAAGGAGUAGGAAAUGUUUCAACAUCUACCAUAAGUAGACUUGGAACUGAGAAAUCAAUGUGUACGGCUGAUACAUUACCAGCUUUGGCUGAAGUAAGAGAAGAAGCUGAAGACGAAUUUCUGCAUCGACUAAUUUGUUUUGAAAGAGAAAAUGCACAGUUCAAACUUACGCCAGCAUAUGUGGUGUACGUGGUUGCACGUCAUCGAUUGUUGUUUCCUUCGCAAACAGUUUCUACUGAUAGCCGCACGCGAUUACAACUUUUUUUAACAAAAGCUGCUAAUCGUUUUCUUCUUGUUUCAAAGCAAAGACGAUCGCGAGAAUCUCUAGGAUUCUGGUUAGCAAAUUCAAGUGAAUUGUUGAAUUUUUUCAAGCAGGACGUCGACUUAGCAAUAUUGUCACGUGGUAUGCCUCAGCAGAUUUUAGCUGGUUGUGUUGAAAAAACAUUUGAAAUGCUGGGAACAGUGUUAAAAAGUAGUUUGGAUAGCACACUAAACUCAAUAAGAGAUGCAUUCUUGGAUGAUCGAUCUGCUUCACAUGAUCUAGUUGCAAGAUUGGAGGAAAUUAUGUGUUUGUUACGUCGUUGUCGCUUGAAUGCAGCAUUAACAAUUCAGUUAUUCUCACAAUUAUUUUAUCACAUAAAUGUGGUACUCUUUAAUUGGCUUGUAUCUUCAUCUGGCAUACCAUACUGUAGUCGAGCUUUCGGUGUUCGACUGCGAACUCGUCUUAAUUACGUGAAUGAAUGGGCUUACCAGCAAGGACUGGAAUUAGCAGCUGAAUGUCACAUGGAUCGUAUCAAUCAAGCAAUAAUUCUUCUUGUAACACCAAAAACUGUUGAUCAUAUUGGUAAUUUAGGUGCAACGUGCUACAAAUUGAAUAGCGUACAAGUACGUUGGUUCCUUGAGCACAUAGUUCUGGAUGUUGGUGAAGAGCCAGUCUUGAAUGAACUAGUUGAAAGUGUUGUACGGCUUGCGGAAAUUCAUGCAGAUGUAAUGGCAGCACAAGAUAAAGCAUCUAUACAACUUGAAGAAGAACCACAAUUGCAAUUGCCUUUUCUUCUUCCUCAAGAUGGCUAUUCUCCAGAUCUUAUCCGUGGACUUUCUCCCGCUUUUGCUGAAGUAAUUAGUAGUCUACAAGCGCAAGGUUUAUGUCGUUUCCUUCCACAAAACCAGUCCUCAGGUAGUUGGACAGUUUAUUUAAAAACUGCAUCUCCUACUGAAGAAUCUACGAAGGCAAUCGGCUCACUGCAAAGAUUACAGAACAAAGAACAAACUGAGUCAGAAAUGGGAACACUAUCGAAUAGUCUACAUGAGCAAAUAUCAAUGUCCAGUAUGAAUUCAUUACCCAAACGAGAACGAGAUUCAGAGAUUGUAGUGAUCACUAUUAAUCGUGGUACUGGUGGAAUUGGAUUAAGUAUUGUAGCCGCUCAGGGGGUUGGUGAACAUUCCAUUGGUAUUUAUGUGAAGAAAGUUGUGGAUGGUAGUGCUGCAUAUCGAGAUGGUCGCCUUGAAUCUGGCGAUCAAUUACUUUCCGUUAAUGGCCAAUCACUUAUUGGUAUCAGCCAAGAAGAAGCGGCAUCGAAGAUGUCCUCGAGUGGACCAAUCGUAUCGUUUGAGGUAUACAAACAUGCCGCACGAUACAAUGGUCUAUAUGAAUGGUUGAAAAAUCCUCCGCAAGCACAAACAGGUCAGCUACCUUCUUCUGGCCAACAACCGAUCAUGCCGAAUUCUUCAGAAAAUGCAUCUUUUGACGCUAUCACUAACACUCAGCGAUUUUCAUAUCAAAAUUCAAACGCGUCGAUGAAUUCUAAUUACUCCAACAAUGCUCACUUCAACUUAAUGAAACCUGCACGCAAUGGAUGUGCUGGGACAACGAUUAAUAGCACUUAUCAGAUGCAGCCACAGCAUGAUUCAAUUACUGCAACUGAUCAGCAACUAAUCAAAAAUCGAUCAUCUUCAACAUCUGACAUUUAUCAGAAUCCGGUUGACAAGGCAUUGACCGUUUCUCUGACAUCGUUACAGCCAUCUUCCGGUACUACCACAGUUCCAGCAGUACACUGUGAAAAAUAUCAGACAAGUACAACAAAUUCGCAACGUAGUACCAUGCCAUCUCAUUAUCGAAAUAUUCGUCCCAUCGUUAUUCAGCCAUCACGUCCUACACCAUCACCAACUUUACGUCAACAACAGCAACAACAACAGAAGUAUCAUACACGUUCACAUUCUCCAUCUCAUCUUUAUGCCAAUUCUGCUUUAUCAUCCACUCAUUGCCAGAAUUCGACAUUGAAAAAUACUCUAUCAUCGGAAUAUGUUUUGUCAAGUGCAUCAUCAUCACCGAUUACUGAUUAUGCAAAUUUACCUUUAAUCGAAGAUCAUCAUUCUACCUUCGAUUCAUCCUAUUCUUCUACCUCUUCACGCAUUCUUCCAUAUCAGCGUCAUUUUCCACACAUUUCUACGCAGCAACAAUUUGAGACUUCACGAACUGCUAACACAAAUUCCACAUUACGUGAGCAAAAUUCGGUUGCUUCUACGUCAUCAUCUCACAAUUCUUCACGAUCAUCGGUUAUUGCUGCAAUGCAAGAACCGGGAGUAGCGAUGGAUGAAUGUACGGGACGUCGGUUUACGAAGAAAGCACCACCUGUACCACCCAAACGUCAUGUCACUAGACGAGAUGAGUUGAACGAGCAACUGGAUAAGCUUGAAUCAAAAGGUUCCGCAAUGACCGAAGCAGAUCAUCAAAAAUAUCGUGAGCUUGUUAACGAAUUAGCAAAAAUCCGCGUACCAUUUCCAGUUGAAUCAAAUUCAAACAAAAACAUUGCUCAGCGGGAACAUUUGAAAUCCGUAUCACCAGAGAUCGUUAUUUCUACAAGAGGGGAUGGUUCAUGUUUUGAACGACCGAAAAACUUAUCAAUAUCGGAAAAAUGUGAAAAUACAUCAAGCAAACUAGAAGUGAAUAAUGUGGAAAAAAUAGCUGAACAGCAGAAACAGGACACUCUUGCAAGAGAUCAAGAGAGAUUUAUGGAAGAAAAGAAAGAUUCGUUGUCGACCAAUGAAAAUUUCGAUGAGACGAUAACGAAGAAGAAGGGAGUACAGUGGGGUAACAGCGUUGAGGAGAAUUUUGAAAAACGAGAUUCGGAUGGUGACAAUAAACUUAUGUAUGAAGAUGACGAUCAACCGGAACCAAGAGCUCAGGUACUUGGUACCCAUGAAGUAUAUCGAGAUCCACGACAGGCACGUCUCAUUGAACUGGAAGCAAAGCAACAUGCAGCAAAAGAGGCAAAGAUUGAUGGCUCCAAGUUAGGAUUCCGCGAUAAAAUGCAAUUAUUUGCUGAACAAAUCGGUGAGAAAGCUCUAAAGGAUCGUUAUAAAGCAUCUACUAUACAGCGUGAAAUCGAACAAACAAUGGAUGAUUUCUGA